GUUGCAGACCAUUAAAUAAACUCAAUUUACUUGUGUAUCUUCAUUCUUUCAUUGUAUACGAUAAAUGUAUCACACUGAACGAAUCAAAGGGUUUAAAAAAGCUCAUUAACAGCAUGGGAAAUAUGAAGAUGGUGAAUCAAUCGCCUAACCAAGUGAAUAGUGUGCUGAACAGGAGACGGAACCGAUUCAUUGCAAAGGUGCUAGUGACUGUUAUGACGCAAAUAUUUUUCACCAUAUUUACGAUUGCGAUAGUGGAGUCAAUACCUAAAGCGACAAUUUAUCUCUAUGGACAGAUCUGGGUGAGCUUUUUCCUUAGCGCUGUGUCAAUUGGAAUUACACUUACGGUUUUCCUCGUAAGAGAUCUUCAGCAUAAGGAGCCAUACAACUACCUACUACUUAUCGGCUUCACAAUCAGCUUCGAUGGAGUGAUAACCUGCCUUUCAAUUUUUACGCAUGGAAUGUUCAUAUUCAUAAGUUGGAUAAUUGCUAUCAGUUUAUCAUUUGUGUCGUAUUUAUUCGGCCUACAAAUUGAAGAAGAUUUGACGAAGAGGCUUAAUUUAUUCGUCAUUUAUUGUGGAUGCGUUAUCAUUGUUGGAUUUAUUGUCUGUGGUAUUCUGUAUGGUCUGCAACUUGAUUGGGUUGUGCAACAUAUCAUCACACUUUUCGUUCAAGCUAUUAUUGUUCCCUUGAGUGUGAUUGAAUACCAGAUGCUCAUAGGAAACAGAUAUAUUUCCUACUCUAUGAAUGAUUAUAUUCUAGCUUCAAUAUUUCACUGGAUACUAGUCACCUUGUGUUAUGCAGGAUUCAUGUUUCAAUUUGUCGAUGUGUGGUUAUAAUUUGUCGAGUAUAAAGCAAUAAUAUAAGGACAUAAUAAACCCUGGUAUUAUGAUACAUUUUGCUUUUUUACUUGAACAAACCACGGUAUCACGUAUGUCUUAGUAACCAUCUACUGAAUUAUUAAAGAUGUAUCAUGUAGGGCAUUUCGCAGAGUUACAACAUGUAGAGGUGGUGUAGAUAAACCAAAAUUAUUUCGGCCUUGAAACGUAUCAC